AUGGGUGGACCUUCCAAGCCAAACAAACAAAUGGAUGAUUUCAGAAAAGCUCUAAUGGACUGGGAUUUGGGUGAUCUUGGUUUUGAGGGUUCCCAAUACACCUGGUGUAACAAUCGAGACGGUUCAGAGUUCACCAAAGAGAGGCUAGAUAGGGCCCUUGUCAAUGGUGCUUGGCAACACCUCUAUGACACUAACUCAGUCAUCACCUUGCCUGUCCAAUGCUCAGACCAUAACCCUAUCAUGAUUGCCAGUAAAAUCUUUGCUCACUUUCAAAAUCUAAUAAAGAGGAUAUUCAGAUAUGAGGUUGCCUGGGACAAGAAGGAGGGAUGUGAGGAGAUUAUUAAAAGAGCAUGGCAGGGCUCUCUCAAAGAUGGAACCAAAGCUGAUGUGACCAGAAGGGGUCUUGAGAGAUGCAGAUUCCAAUUGAGACAAUGGAACCAUGAGUCAAGAAGAAAAUCCCAGCAGGAUUGA